AUGUCCUCAAUUGCCUCUGACUACCUCUACAUCUUUAGCACGACGCCGCCUAGGGUCCUUUACCUGUAUCCAAUCAUCCUUGGCUGCGGCUUCCCCACCACGUCCUCCAACCAACGCGCCCCCUUUCGUCUACUCGCUCUUGGAGACCCUCAGCUCGAGGGCGACUCUUCUCUCCCCGAGCAGCAUGAUGGCUUCUCCGCUCGCUUCAAGAGGAUUUAUGGCAACCCAGAGCUCCAGCAUGCGUCUGCACGUGAGCGCCCCAAUUCAGCACAAAGUGAGCUGAAAAGCUUCUUUGCGCUGGACGUACCGCUCCUGCUGCGGCUUCUGCGAAAGAAGAUAGACCUGUUUGGCAAUGACUAUUAUCUAGCUCACAUAUAUCGGACCUUACAUACAUACCUAGAACCUACCCACGUGGUAGUCCUAGGUGAUCUCAUCGGCAGCCAAUGGAUUUCCGACGAAGAAUUCUCACAUCGUGGGCAUCGGUAUUGGGACCGCGUGUUCAACCAUGGGCAACGUGUUGAAGAUGAAAUUACAAAUGGGCAAUGGAGAACUACACUCGAAUCAGAGAGCUCUUGGAAGCACCGCAUAAUCAAUGUCGUUGGGAACCACGACAUCGGCUACGCCGGCGACAUGACUGAAGAGCGCAUCACGCGCUUUGAGAAAAUGUACGGCAAAGCGAAUUGGGACACCAUAUUUACCCUCUCGUCUCCAAAGUUUGCCACAGGUGAUCACCCCGAGCUUCGCCUUAUCAUCCUCAACACCCUGAACAUGGACGUGCCCGUCCUUUCCCCCUCUCUACAAUCGCAGACUUACGGCUUCAUCAACUCCGCCAUUGGUGCCUCAUCACCAGUCGAGGAUACCACAUCCGCUACCAUCCUCCUUACCCACCUCCCCUCCACAAAGACGAAGGCAUCUGCGUUGAUUCGCCAAUGA